AUGCCUUUGAUCGAGCGCCUCCGAGUCCUUGGGCUCUAUGAGUCCAGCGACGAGGAGCGCAACAGAUCAAAGAUCCGCCAGUUCAAGAGAGAAGUAAAGGCAGAGGAGAAGGCAGCGGCUAAGAAGGCACGCAAAGAAAGAGCCGCCAGCUCGGUUGACUCUGCAGAAACCACCGACGAGGGUGACGAGGACGACGACGAGGACGACGUGGACGACUCUGUCGUCCCAUGCAGACUCUACGAGAUCAGAAAAAGUAAUCUCGAGGCAAAGACUGAGGCCCAGGCUCUAGCCGGGAAGGAGUGCACUGAACGAGACGAUGCCUCCACUUCCUCCUCCUCGCCAAACAAUAACGACGACGACGACAACAACGACGACGACAACAACCGCAGCACGAACGGCGCCACAACACCCGAACCUGCCACACCCAAUACCUCAUUCCCCAACUCCGACUACGUCUUGUCGGAUCGCCGCGACGACUACGCUGCCUCAUCCUGCGGUUCCGACAUGUCGGAGCUCGAAAUCCGCGCCGACGAGCGCGUCCGCACCACCGUGAGCAACGCACACGGUUUCCUCUCUGUCCUUGGCCGCGCCGACUGUCUCCAGCAGCGCUCCGCUGGCAAGCUCCCUGGAGGCGCCCUGACGGCCAAAGUGCGUCUUCGCAAUGGCCGUCGCCCACACUACCAGCGUCCCCGUGUCCCGCCGCAGCCCUGCGUUGUUGAGCUCGAGUACCCGACUGGCGACGACGACGCUGCCGACAAGUUCCGCGUCUGGGGUUUCAAAGACGGCUUGCGCGUGUACCGACUGGAGUCUCCGCUGCUUCCCAUGUUGCGCAAGUCCGUGGUCAAGACGGCUGUCGGGCUGUGCUACAUUGACAUUCCGUCCAUGUGCCCGCCAACGAUCGUGACUGUUCCGGCCAACGACGCUGCUGCUGUUGCCACUGCCGCCGAUGACGCUUCCUUCGCUACUGCUUCUACGCCUACCUCCAACACGGCCUCUGAGACGCUGCCCAGGCCUACGUCGGCCGACACGCCCGGCACGCCCGACACGCCCCAGAACCCUGUCCCGCCGCCCAUCCUCCAGGUCAACGGCAUGUUUGAAGUGCGCCCCUCGGCUCUUGGUGGCCUUGGCUGCUUUGCCAUGCGCGACAUUUUCCGUGGCGAGCACCUGCUGGUCGAGCGGCCCCUCGUGCGCACCAACAUGAUGCACUUGAUCCAAGAGCUCGCGCGCCUGUCCACAGCCGACCGCGCCCAGUUCGACGCCCUCACCGGCCACCACCCGGACCCCCGUGCCUCCCGCGACGAGCAGAUCUGGACUGCCAACACAUUUGUCGCCGGCGAGCUCGACAGCCUGUUCAUUGUCGCCUCACGCUUCAACCACGCCUGCAGCGCUUCGCCCUCCCAGAACGUCGGCUACCGCUACGACCGCCACCAAGACGUGCUGACCCUCACAGCCGUUGGCCGCAUUGCCAAGGGCACCGAGCUGCUCAUUUCGUACGGCAAGUCGCGGCGCAUGCUGUUUGAGCGCUUUGGCUUCUGGUGCCGGUGCAGCGGCUGCGGCGGCGACCAGGCGACCGAGAUGGAUGGCGGCAAUAUGUCGGACCUGCUGACCCAGGACAUGUACAACCGGAUUGUCUGGUGA